AACAUGGCGGCAGAUUCCGGGGAAUCUUCGUUUCCUUUCAUUUCUCGUCGAUCUCCUGUUCUUUCCCUUCGUGGAGCGGUAGUUUCAAGUCAACCACUAGCAACAGACGCAGGAUUAAAAAUUUUACGAGCUGGUGGAAAUGCAGCCGACGCAGCAGUCGCCGUUGCCGCUUGUUUGAAUGUGACGGAACCUUGCAGUACCGGGAUAGGAGGAGAUGCGUUCUGUUUAUUUUAUGACGCGCAAAAAAAGAUUGUCAAAGGAAUCAAUGGGAGUGGACGAGCAUCAUCCAACUUAACAUUAGAUUGCCUGAAAAGAGCAGGUGUCGUAAAGCCUGGUGAUGAUCACUUGCCUUACACAUCUGCCCACUGUAUCACUGUCCCUGGGGCUGCUGCUGCUUGGUGCGAUACAGUGGAACAGUUUGGUAGUGGAGAGGUACUUGUAAUUGUAAUGACCUAUUAGGUUUCCCUUUUCACUCAAAAACAAGCCAUCAGAUUAUUAGAUUGAUUACUUUUAGCAUUUUUGAUUA